CGCUUCUUGACAUCAGCAACACGUGAGUGGAAACACGAACUUCAUUGUAAAGAUUAUUACUGUGCCAGCUCGUCAAUGGCGACACAUCUGACUUAUGAAGAGAUUCAGGGGAUUUUGUUUCCCUUAGAAAGCGAGGCAAGCUCCGAUGAAGAGGAUGAAAAUGUCCCGGACUUUGAAGCAGAAGGGAUCGUGGAUGACUAAGAAAGCGAAGAUAGUACGCCCGAUGUACCUUCUACAACAGCAACACUCACCAAGUCUAAAGGCCAAGCUGUCAAUUGGAAAAAACAGUGCUUCAAUCUACCCCCAGAGAAAACCACGUUUCGUGGUACGACAACUUUGCCUCCCUCGAUACAGGUGAUGGAGUCACCAUUCCAAUUUUUUAAGUACUUUUUCACCAAUGAACUGAUCGAUUUUAUAGCAAAGCAAUCAUACCAGUACAGUGUUCAGACAAACCCUGAUAGACCAGUCGUGGUAACUUCGGCAGCCGUCAAGAAGUAUGUUGGAAUUUGCAUAUUCACGUCGCUCGUUCAUGUCCCGAACAUUAGAGAUUACUGGGACCUGGUCCUCGGUAACACCAGCAUAUCGUCUGUGAUGUCUGUAAACCAGUUCGAAAAAAUUAGAAGGUACUUGAACCUUUGUAACAAUGCGGAAAUGUUGACAGACAAUACAACAGGUUAUCGGCUCUUCAAGUUAAGACCAGUGUUUGAAGCACUACGGGCAAAGUUUCUGUCGGUGCCAAUGGAAGAAUGCCUUGCAUUAGAUGAACAGAUGUGCUCGACGAAAGCUCGCCAUUACCUAAAGCAGUACAUGCCUAAUAAACUUCACAAGGGGGGUUAUAAGUUCUUUGUGCUAAGCGGUGUCUCCGGCUAUGCCUAUGAUAUAGAGAUUUACACUGGGCAAGAAAACGAUCCUUCGAAAAGGAAAGCAGGAGAACCGGAUUGGGGAACUACGGUGAAUGUUGUUGUGAGACUGAUGCGACACAUUCCUAAAAAUGCGAGAUACAAACUCUAUUUCGAUAACUACUAUAUAUGUCCCAAGAUUAUGGUUCACCUAGCAGAGCAAGGAAUUCUGUCUCUUAACCGUGCGAACGAAUCGAGUAAAGGACUGCAAACUCCUAACAGAGCAAGAACUCAAUAAGGCAGAGAGGGGAACUACUGCAGAAAAGCGUGGCACGAAUUGACGGCAUUGACGUUACAGCUGUUGUGUGGAUGGACAACAAGACUGUAACCCUGCUUUUGACGUUUCUAGGCUCAGAAUCCAAACAGUCCGUGCAAAGGUAUGAUCGAAGGCUGAAGACCGAGAUUGACUUUGAAAGCCCAAAUAUCGUUCUCCAAUAUAAUCAACACAUAGGUGGUGUGGACAUGUUAGACGGUCUGAUGGGCAGGUACAAGAUUACCAUGCACUCGAGGAAGUCGUACUUCCGACUUUUUUUUUAUCAUCUUGUAGACUUGACAGUGGUACAUGUAUGGUUUAUCUACCGUCGACAGAAAGGGAAUGCCGCAUUUCCAUUGGCAAAAUUUCGGAAGGAAGUCUCGGAGUGCCUGUGCAGACUUGGCACCAUAGUCACCAAAAGAGGACGGCCAUCUGAAGUUCAGUGGCAGCUCAAAGCAGAGAAGCGAAAGACAUCUGCAGCAGUCCUUCCACCAUAAGAUGUUCGACUCGACCAGUUGAGUCACUGGCCUCAAUGGACCGCUACCAGGCAACGCUGUAAGCUUCCAGGGUGUGCAUCCCUCACGUUUGUAAACUGCGAGAAAUGUGCAGUAGCUCUGUGCUUGAACAAAGCCAAGAACUGCUUUCACCGCUUCCACAACCCAUAAGGCGCCAAUGCAUCUUGUAUCACAUAUGAUAAAUAAAGUAUUUUUUGGUUUGUUUUCGAAUACAAAAAUUGAAUAAAAAUUUUUAAACUAUUUUAAUAACAUGUUGUUACUGCGGCGAACACGCACAAAUUUUUCGAAUAAAAAAAAGCCAUGCAAUGUAGGGUUCAAUAAACACGUUCAUUGUCUUCCAGGCAUACUUAAUCCUUCGA